AUGUCCAAGGCCAAGGGCGCCGGCACCGCCAACCAAAUCGUCAAGCUCAUUGUGGGAGCCGGGCAAGCGAGCCCAAGCCCGCCAGUCGGCCCUGCGCUGGGGAGCAAGGGCGUCAAGUCCAUGGACUUUUGCAAGGAGUUCAAUGCCCGGACCGCGCAGUUCACGCCGGGGACGCCGAUGCCGUGCCGGGUGGUUGUUCGCCCUGACCGGUCGUUCCACUUCGACAUCCGGACGCCGCAGACGUCGUGGCUACUGCUCAACGCCGUCGACGCUCCCAUGAGCAAGAAGGGACGCAGAAAAGGGGCGAUGAAUCCCGGCAAGGAGACGGUCGGCACGCUCAGCCUCAAGCACAUCUACGAGAUUGCCAAGAUCAAGCAUUCGGAGCUGCGGCUCUCGGGCCUGUCCCUCGAGGGCCUCUGCAGGUCCAUUAUAUAUCAGUGCAAGUCGAUUGGCGUCGACGUUGUUGCCUGA